AUGUCCAUUUUGGCUUGGGCUUGGACCACCUGUCACUCUUCCUCCUCAACCAUCUCGGAUCGGUCGGUCUUCUUCGUCUCUGAUCGUUCGGAUCGGCCAAAGGCCAGCCUACCGGUAACGCCACCUACGUCUCUUCGGCUAUUCCCAAAUCCUGUUCUCGACAUUGCACCCAUCAAUUCGGUCUGCGUCGUGCCAUCUUCGUCUUCAGACACCGAGUCUAACAACCCACUAUCCCCCAUAUCUACUGACGCGCUGCUCCUCACCUCUUCGUGGGACGACCUCAUCGAUGUCUGGGAUACCUCAAUCCCUAUAAACCUCCAAACCACUCCAAACCGUGGCGAUGUUCCUGCGGGUGGACGAGAAACCACUCGGCAACCGUUGAAACGAACUCUUAAGCUACCGGCGGUCCUACUCAUCUGGCGAAAGGGCGAAGUGAUAAGUGGGGUCCAAGGGCAAGAGUAUGUCAAAAAAGCAACGUCACCUGCCGACGGAUGGGGCGGAAAGCAUAGAUGUGCUGGUCAGAACCCAAGUUGGCAGAUGGAUGAAACAACAGAGGACCCUCGUGUAGAAGCCAGCGCUGUUAUUCCUGGAGAGCCGGCCGCUACGACAGGUGACAGAGAGGGUAAUGAUAUUGCGGAAGAGAAAGAGGAGGCUGCUCACAAGAUAUCUGCCCUACCGAUAGCAAAAACCAGCGAGGGAAGGGAAGAGAAAGGUGCUCGGGAGUGUUAUGCAGAUCCCUAAGUGCAUGGUGAUAUUGCCCACGACUCUCUCCAACAAACUUAUGAUAUCGCUGUUCUAAUAAUCGCAAU